UAUUUGUGCAGGACGAUGUACGAUCCUUGCUUUUUUCGACUUCGCUCCAUAUUGACCGGGAUUUGAGAUAUGACUGCCGAUCUCGAACAUACGCGUUCUAUUUGCCAGAAGGCCAGCCGUCCUCCUGUCAAACUAGCCUGUCUUUCUUGUCGUGCGUUGCGCAUACGUUGUGAUGGCCAGACAGCUUGCUCCAACUGCGACGCGAAAGGAAGAUCUUGCUCUUAUGUGCCCAGUCGACGAGGCGGACCACGUUCUUGUUCCAAUAGGAAGCAUAAAGCUGCUGCCGUUCGUCUCGAAACAGUAACAUCUGUUGUGGAGGGGGAAAGCCGCCUACCGAAGGCCUCGAGCAAGACGGGGAUGUCGCCUCUCUCGGGAGGUGAAUGGGUCCACCAACUGGGAGGCUUAUGUGGCCCAGGGGCAGGCCUGCGCAGCGUGGAGAUGCCCUUUGCGGAAAUCGACUCUAUAUUUGACUCCAUCUUUGGUGCCCAUGCAGACGAAAUCAAUCCCGACUCCAAUUUGAAGUCGGUAUCUAACCCCGUACGACUCUACGGCAGUAAUGAAGAUAUACUUGACGCUUAUUACGUUUUUAUCCAUCCUUAUUUCCCAAUCUUGCCCCCGUCUGAACAUCAGCCCGUGUCUAGCCGUCCAUUAGCUAGAGGCCCUCCAACCUUUGAGCCGACGAGCCCUCUUAGCCUGGCUAUUUCAGCCAUUCUGUCUCUGAUACCCCAUCCGAACGAAAGAAAUUCCAAGACGACAGAGUAUUUGAAGAGACGAAGGGAAUAUGCACAUUGUUUUGCACAAACGGCCCUUGGCGUCAUUGAAAGAGACUAUGAACUGCUCAGCAUGGGCCAGAAUUCACAGACUGGUCCAGCUGACACUACCAAAGCCUUUGAACGAGUACCGUUUCAUCCGAAGCUGGAAGUACCCCUGGAGGGCGUUGUGACAUUGUCAAUACUUAGUAUUUAUGAGUAUGCACAACGGGGGAACAUUGAUAAUAUGCUUCAACGGGCCAACCAGGCCCUUGCACUGGCCAUGAGUAUGUCCCUGCAUGAAGCGGUAGAGGAAGAACAGUAUGCAGACUCUAAACGGAGGGUUUGGUGGAUGACGUAUAUGAUGGCAUGUCAAGCAGCGGCUAUUAGCGGAACGUCUCCAGCCUUUGAUCUUUAUGAUCCAUGGUUUGUAACUCCAUAUCCGGAAGGGUGGAAACUCAUUGUCGAGGCCCAACAGGUCCUUGUCGAAUCUGCCGGAUUCGCCAAUGAUCUUGAUAAGACGAUGCUUGAAGCUGAUGACACAUCUUGGGUUUCCAAACGCAUGAAGGAGCUUGACAGGCAAAUAUCUUCUCUAUUAUUCUGCAGUCGAGAUGCUCCUCUUGUGUCUCAGAUGGCUCCACAGCCUGAAUCCAUUGAAUGCAUGACAUCGAAGGCCAUGAGGGAUUUUGCAGAGAUCAAGCUACACACGGCGCGGAUCAAACUGCAUCGACUGUGCGCUUUUCAAGAUAUUCUAUCUGGCUCUAUACGACAUCCAGAGGUAUCCAUACCUACGGACAGUAAUUCUCGGAUGGAUAUGCCGUUAGAAAUGAGCAGCGACUCUAGCCUGGUUGAAGACUUCUCGCUGAUGUCCCAGAUUCAUAAACUUCAGAUGCCGUUUUCUAGCGAAGAGUCAUCAAAGAUUUGUCUGCAUGCAGCACUCAACAUUGUCACAUUGCUCGAUAACCUUCUCUACCCGAAUCAUACCAGCGAUAUCCUAGCUAAUACACAAUACGCCCGUGGGGGGUGUGGCAAUGAACUGCCCCGAACCAUGCCAACGGUGGUAUGCUGCGGAGUGCAGUCCAGCUAUGCAAUGCUGAUGCUGGGUCUGAAAGCGCGGGCUAUCCAACACACCGCGCCUGACGACAUCAAUGCUCUGGAUACCACCUCUUUAUCCGACUUCCGGAACGAGCUAUAUCACAACUUACGGCUGAUCGUCAAGUUCUUAGAGAAUUACUCUAUUGCAUUCGAAGCCAUACAGGGGAUAAGUGAUAAAUUAAAUCAGGCCAUAGACCGAGAGUUCUUGGCGUAGAAGCAGCCCUCCUCCUUCGCGUAUCUGUGUUGGAAUUUUCCCCUUCAUUUCCUUUUUGUUUUUCUUCUUUAUUGUCAAUAGCCUUUAGCGACCUAGAUGAUUGAAUAGUGUUAUACCAUAGCGAUAUGUGUGUGAUGCAUAU